AUGCCUGUUCCUGCUACCUACGCUCAGGCAACGGAUCCCAAAUGGCUUGGCACCCAUUUGACAUCUACUCUCAUUUCUUGUUUAAUAUUUUACUUAGGGGCUCUUCUUACUAUAGAAACCUACAUACAACUCUGGAAUAAACCAGCUUUUGCACCCCAUAGUUCAGAGCUCAGUCGCACUCAUCUCAACCAUCGAAAUCAUCUUUGUCGACUUCUGAAAACUUGUCAUCCUCAUUGUUUGGCUUCAUUCGCGUUCGUACUCGUCUCUUCGCUUAUACCCUCAUCCUCCCUCGUAUAUUGUCAGAGUCCCGUGUGGCUCUUGAAGCAUGUAGUUGUCGGUCGUGACACUACCUUCUCGUUACCGACCACAUUGCCAACACAACUGACCGAACGUUUGGUUGGUGUUCGGCGCAGUCCCGAAACCAUUUGGGCGCUAUAA